UGGACAUCUUCCAGGAUAUAUGCAAGAUAAGAUUGAAACAUUCAUAAAUGAAGUGAGGCAAGAGAUUUGCAUCAGUGGUGUAGGAGACAAAGCAUCCUUGGAUAUGGCGAUCGGAGGAAGACUGCGGUUGAAGAACGAGCUCGAGACCAAUUCUUUCGAAAAGGUAUUUGGUAUCCCCGAUGGUGUGGCAUUGGAUCAGAUUGAGGUUUGUUUCGAUGAAGAGGAUGCCAUCCUAAUGAUUUUGAUGCCCAAAUCCACCAACAUGGAAGGUGAAGUCCAUGAAAGAGCUAGUGGCAAAGUUGAUGAAGGUGAAUUAAAUCGAAAUGGGUUAGAGACCGACACUCAUCGAAAAGAAGAUGAAGAAACUAAAAAAGAAGAAGUGGAUGAGUCGAACAAGAAAUUUGAUCUACCCCAAAGGCCGUCUAUUGAGAUUGAAGCUCCAAAUAUCAGGGAACAAUUGCCCCCUUCAUUUGGUGUCAAAGCGAAUGGUAGUGGCAAAGUUGAUGAAGAUGAAGUAAACCGAAAUGGGUCAGAGGCCGACACUCAUCGAGAAGAAGAUGAAGAAAUGAAAAAUGAAGAAGUUGAUGAGUCGAACAAGAAAUUUGAUCUACCCCAACGGCCCUUGGUCGAGAUUGAAGCUUCAAGUAUCGGAGAACAGUUGUCCCCUUCAUUUGGUUUCGAACCGAAAGGAGAACAACAACAAAUCGAGGAGGAAAAGCACAAUGGCCAACCGUUAAAAGAAGACGAAAGUCCAAGAACUUCCGAAGUAAAUCAAGCUCUCAACCAACCCAAGAUAUCCCCAAGUAUCGAUAAGGAACAAGAAGAUAAGAAAGGUGGUGUGGGUAAAUCACAUGAAUUAGACAAUAAGCUGAUAGAUGAAAAAGGUCCCCCGCAACAACUUAACAAAGAACUUGAGACGGGCAAUAAGGAUAAAUUGCCAAUGAAGGAAGUGAAGGGUGAAGUCGAUCAAAGAGAGACUCGAGAAAUCGACAAGGAAAGGGAAGCUUCCGAAGUAAAUCAAACUCUAGGCCACCCCAAGAUACACCAACAUAUAGAUAAAGAACACCAAGAAGAGCAAGAGAAACAUGACGAUAAGAAAAGAGAUGUGGCCGAAGAGCAAAUUCGUGUACUCCCACGACAACGUAUCGAAGAACUUGAGACGAUCAAGAAGGAUGAAUUGUCGACGAAAGAAAUGAAGGGUAAAAGAAGGAGAAAGGAGCAGAGAGGACUAGGUGUGCCACCACCAUCGUUAGUAGUAUCGGCUUUUCUCUUAUCUCUAGCGGCAUUGGUCAUCAAACUAGUGAGGAAUCAAAAGCGAACUUAGACUACUUCGAUGCCUUGUAAUGUUUAUACGAACACUAAUGCAUUCAUAGAUAAGGAGUUGAAUUUGAUUCCUAUUUCACGAGAUAAUGUGCACUCGAUAAUUAGAGAUGU